CAACAUGGUCCUAUUAUGUUCUUGCAACUAGGCUCGAUACCCACUCUAAUUAUUUCCUCAGCUGAUAUGCUGAAAGAAAUCUUCAGAAAACAUGAUAUUGUGUUUUCAGGCAGGCCAGUUUUAUAUUCUGCCAGUAAAUUUACUUACAACUGCUCUGACAUAGUCUUCCUGCCCUACGGGGAAACAUGGCGGGAGAUGAGGAAAAUUGCAACGAUAGAAUUGCCAAGUGCGAAGCGAGUGCAAUCCUUCCAGGCAGUGCGAGAAGAAGAAGUGAGUCUCAUGUUUGAUACUGUAGCUCGUGCUUCGGGUCCGAUCAAUCUAAGCGACUUGUCAAUGGUCCUGUCAAAUAAUGUUAUAUGUCGCGUAUCUUUGGGUAGAAAAUACGACGGUGGAUUUGCUGGCGAAAAUGCUGGACUUAGUGAGUUGCUUCGGGAAGCACAAGAGUUACUUGGAGGAUUUUGCAUUGCAGACUUCUUUUCAUGGAUGGGGUGGCUCUGCAAGUUCAAUGGCCUAGAAGCAAGGGUGGAGAAAAUUUUUACGGAACUUGACAAGCUUUAUGAUAAAGUAAUACAGGAACAUCUCGAUCCCAGGAGACCUAAAACUCAGCAUGAGGAUUUUGUUGAUGUAUUGCUUCGACUUCAAAAGGAUCCAAGUCGAGAAGUUGCUCUCAGCAACGAUUCUAUCAAGGGUGCCCUGACGGACAUGUUCAUAGCGGGGACGGAUACUUCCUCAGCCACAUUAGUUUGGACGAUGACCGAAUUGAUAAGGAAUCCACAUGCAAUGAGGAGAGUCCAAGAAGAGGUGAGAAGCGUUUGUGAGGGAAAAAAGAGAGUGCAAGAAAAAGAUCUUCCUCAACUCGUAUACCUAAAAUCCGUAGUGAAAGAGUCAUUGAGAGUCCAUCCGCCAGCACCAUUGUCAGUUCCACGAGAAACUAUAGAGGAUUGUAAAAUUGGAGAUUACGAAAUCCCAGCAAGAACAAUGGUGUAUAUUAAUGCAUUAGAAAUAUCCAUGGACCAUAAAUCAUGGGAAAAUCCAAGUGAGUUUCUACCUGAGAGAUUCUUGGACAGCUCAAUUGAUUUCAGUGGACAACACUACGAAUUUAUACCAUUUGGGGUGGGUCGUAGAGGGUGUCCUGGAAUGAAUUUCGGUGUUGUUUUAAUUGAGAUUGCACUUGCUAAUCUCUUGCAUAGCUACGACUGGGAACUGCCUCAUGGUGUUUCAAGGGAAGAUUUAGAUAUGCAGGAAGCUUUUGGUGUUACAAUGCACAAGAAAACUCCUCUGUGGGUAGUGGCUAGUGGCAAGCCCAGUUAUUUGCAUGUCUUUCCUAGUUAA